CUUUCCCCCUUAAUAAGUAGAUGCAUAUCAAAUGAAAACACAAACACACACAAAAACAUAUAUAAAUAUAGUCCAUUUACACCAGCUCCAUCUCAUUGUUUCCCAGGUACAUAAACAGUGGUUAAUCCCAAAAUUUGAAGAUUAUGGUCAAGCACAGAAUGGGAGAGGUCCUAACUGAAGAACAGAUUGUUGAGUUUCAGGAAGCUUUCUGUCUUUUUGACAAGGAUGGAGAUGGCUGCAUUACUAUUGAAGAACUUGCCACUGCGGUCAAAUUGUUGGAUCCAAACCCUACGGAAGAAGAAUUGCAGAACAUGAUAAGCGAAGUUGACGUUGAUGGGAACGGAACCAUAGAGUUCGGGGAGUUCUUGAAUCUCAUGGCAAGAAAAAUGAAGGAAAACGACGCGGAUGAAGAAUUGAAAGAAGCUUUCAAAGUUUUUGACAAGGAUCAGGAUGGCUACAUUUCACCUAAUGAGUUGAGGCAUGUGAUGGUAAAUCUGGGAGAAAGACUGACAGAUGAAGAGGUAGAGCAGAUGAUCAGAGAAGCAGAUUUGGAUGGUGAUGGCUUAGUGAAUUACGAAGAAUUUGUGAGAAUGAUGUUAGCUUUUUGAUCCAUCCACCCAUCCAUCCAUCCAUCCAUCCAUCAUCCAGUUAUUUAGCCUUCAGCUACACCUUGUUCAAUCAAUGGAACAAUAUUGUAACUUGACCAGACAUAUAAUACAUGAACAAUCAUUUCGUGUGUACUGAAAAACCAAAAAAUGGACUAAGACUCCCUCUUUAAACCCUUAAAGCAGCUUAUGGUAUGCCUUGGCCUGCAAUGGGGAAGUCUCUCCUCCCAUUGACUUUUUCAAAGCAAAAAAUAAUGAAAUUUCACUUCUAACUUUCUCUUGGAGCAUCUUCAAAAGAGAGAUAUAAAAAUCAUAUUUACAUCUCAUUUAAACAUAUCUUUGCUCUAACUAGAGAUGUAAAUUUACAUUUGGUCCCCCCUCUUGUUUGUUAAAUAUAACGUGUGUAAAAUAGUUAAGUUGGUUAGGAUUCUAUGAGCUGAGAUUGUGACAAGUGUCAACAUCUUGUGAGCUUUGUAUUAGCUUAGUAGUUAAGCAAUGUAACGAGAUAUAUACACAUUGUAUAAGUGUAAUCUGGUAUUAUUCUCAAUACAAUAUACAAACAUACUU